AUGUUUGCCAAUGUUGCCCGAAAAUAUGACGUUGGAUUAAUUUUGGAAAGCCCAACAUGGCGUGCCAGUCCAGAUUGGAUGCGAAAAAUCGGUUAUGCUGACCAAGAUGUUGCAACUGUGAACCGCAAGGCUAUUGAAUUACUCUGCGACAUUCGUAAGGAAUACGAAACUGAAAAUUGUCCGAUAGUUAUUAAUGCAUGUGUUGGUCCACGUGGUGAUGCAUAUAAUCCUACCACAAAGAUGUCAAUUGAAGAAGCGCAAGCAUAUCAUGCGACACAAAUUGGUAUUAUCAGUCAAACCAAUGCAGAUAUGAUCACAGCUCUGGCAAUUAACUAUCCUGAAGAAGCUAUCGGAAUCGCAAAAGCUGCCAAGGCAGUUAGCAUUCCUGUUGUGAUAUCGUUUAUUGUUGGAGCAAAUGAUAGAUUACCGGCAGGACACACUCUAAAAGAAGCCAUUGAGACGGUGGAUAACGCUACUCAGAAUUCACCCAUUUAUUACAUGAUCAACUGUACACAUCCGAGCAAUUUUGAACAUGUUUUGAUCCCUGGUGAAGCUUGGGUAUCAAGAAUUCAUAGUGUCAAAGGCAAUGCUUCGAAAAAAAGUCAUGCUGAGCUCGAAAAAAGUAAAGAACUUGAUUCAGGAAAUCCAAUCGAAUUUGCUGAGCAUAAUCGAGCUCUAUUAUACAAACUCAAGAACUUGAAUGUAAUCGGCGGAUGCUGUGGAACAGAUUGUCGUCAUGUCGAAGAAAUUUGCAAGGUGUGUCUCAAUACAUUCAAUCAAAUGAAAAAUUCCCGUCAUAAAGAAAUCGAAUCAAAAACUUCAACAACAAAUGACUAA